AUGAAAGAAGCAUCUGAUAGAGAAGAAGCACCAAAAAUGGUGGAAAAAAACUAUAGUACAGGUUUUAGGAAAGCCCACGGAGAGAAGGAUCAAUCAGUGACUAAGCCAAUCUCGUUAGAUGGUAGAACAGGUGAAGUAAUUGUUAGAAAAUCCACCGGGAAAACUAAAAUACGUAAAGGUCAAACGGAAGAAGAGUAUACACAGCAAUUGCAGCACUACUUCGAAGUAGAACAAGGCCCUGUGCGGACAAAGGUAGGAUGGAUGGAUGAGGUAGAUCCCUUGGUUGAGAUCCGGGAAGGCAAGUACGAUAUCUCCAAUAAGCAUCAGCGACAGGUGCUUAGUGGUUUCUGCCAUCGUUUAUUUUACCAAUGUAAGUACAAGGAGUGUCUGGAUCUCAGCACCUAUUUUCUGGGGCUCUUUGAACCGUUCAACGUGAAGAAUAAAAUGAAGAGGGAGCUUGAAGAGUUGGAAUAUAUGAUCGAGCGAUGUCGUGGGCAUGUAUUAUAA